AUGCCUCGGCGGGCGACGUCGCUUUUGGCGAUUCGUGAUGGGCGCGCGUCGAGGGCAGGGCAGGGCAGGAUGGGACAGGACAGGACAGGACAGGACAUGGCAGGGCAGUGCACGCACAUUGCCGUGGGCGGGCGUGACUCGCACUGCGUGCGCGACGACGACCCCUCGACGACUCUCCGCGGUCCAGGCAUCAUCGCCCCCUCUGCCAUUGCCGUCGCCAUAGCCAUUGACAUUGCCAUUGCCAUUGCCCUUGCCCUUGCCAUUGCCACUGCCCCUCCCCGUGAUGGCGUCGAGCGACGACUGGCGACCGACGAUGCUGCAGCGUUGGCCCCGGCCGAGCCUGGAACGGAGCAAACGAACGCAGCCCGUCCGCUCGCCCUCACUUGA